CUUGCUAUGGACGCAGAAAUCAAAAGACCCGCUAAACGAAAAUCAGAAGAAAAAUCUUCCAAAUUACUACAUGUUGCAUUGCCCAAAUCGGUUUCGGAUUGGAAAAGAUCUGAUUUGAGUCAACUGAAUAUUUAUUAUGCCGAAGAUUUCUUAGAUAAGCCUUAUGAUGUGUUAUCAAAAAUACCAACGCUUGUCGAACUGAAUAAUUUUCAAAAGGAAUAUAUUCAAGAAGCCAACCAUUUCCUCAAAUUCGAGGCAUCCGUUGAAAAAUUACAAUUGCAUGGUCCAUUGGUGAGAUCUUCAAUCGCGGAACUCUAUGUUGAAUUGGAAAAACAACCAGAAAAGCUUGUAACCUUUAAAGUAAGAAGAUUUAUAAUGGCUCUUGAUCGUCUAUUAGAAGAUGUUCAGCAUGCCUUUAAGAGUUUCAAGCCAUAUGAGGGAUUAUUUACUCAGUUUGUUAGUGCUUUUGCUGAGUUAUGCUGUUUAGAAGCAGUGUAA